GGGUAAUGUACAGAACCAAAAUUAGAAAAAAGUUGUUUCUGUCCAAAGAUUUAUGUUGUUCUGCAUGGGCCUAUAAACAUAUAUUCCAAGUUAUGAUACCUCGAAAUCAAACCAGCAAAAAGUACAAAUCACAAAGCAACAAUUGACUAAGUACAUUGAUAUGUUUUGCUAUUAGCGAAAUACAAUGACAGGUAAUUCAUAUUCAACAUUUUAACUCAACUUCAUUGACAAGCAGAGCAUUACCUUAAUGGUAUGGAAAAAGUGAAUGGAGACUUUGACCCCAUGAUAGCACAUGCUGUGUUUAAUAGGAUCUGGGACAUGCAUAAAUGCAGCUGAAUCCCUUCGUCUUGUUCCCAUCUUCUCCGAUUCUUUUCUUUCCUAGGAUUUGUCUGGAGCCUCAGAGAUGACAGCAAUAUUGAAGAUUAACCUACAAAAGGCCUUUUUUACAGAGAGAGAAGAAAAACUUAUUCAUGUUCUGCAACUGGCAAAUGUAAGUGAAGAAAAAGCAAAGAACUGCCUGUGUGUUUCAGUGACUUCCGGCAAUGAUGUGUAUCUAACUUGGCUUCUUUUCAUUGAAGAAAUGUCAGAUAUAAACUGUGAGAAGCUGCAUUCAUGGAUGUUACAUGAUUUGACUCUUAUUGAUGGGAUUGAUCCUUCAGCUGAUAACCCAGUAAUAAAUCUGCACUUGGAUUCUGAUGUCCUUAACCUGGAGGCUCAUAGCACUGCAUCCAAAUAUGCGUUUCUGCGUUGCUUGUUAAAGAUCAGCAACGAGUACCUUGGACGGGACCUUCCCUGGCAGAACUUUGAUCGGGACUUUGUUGGAAGGAGCAGCUCGUUUCUGGUCCCAGAUGACUUUGUUGUAAUGAUGAAACUUUGCUUAGAUUUAUUGAGUUGUGCCUGUGUUCUCAAUUGCUUUUAGGGAUAAAGUACAGGUAUUAAAGUAUUAUUCGCAACUCAUGGCCCGUGCAAUUGUCAAUACAGAAACAGCUAUAAUACGGAAAAAAAGGAGCAGUGAUUGAUUUUUUUCCCGACAUAUAAUGGACAACACUGGGGCAUUAAGAGUUUUGCCGACUCAUCUUAUUUCCUCUUCUAGCACAUGUGAAUCUGAUGAUUCUGCACUGUCUACAUUAAAAACAGUGCAUGAAUAGAUUUAGCAGUGAAUAGUUAAUCAGUACUUGUAAGUGAUCCAAGCAGCAGAUAUUCUUGAUGAGAGUGAGUUCAUACUUUACAGUUAACAAAACCGUAGAAAACAAACCUCAGAAAACCUAGUCCAUAAAAUAAAAGCACCACACAAACAGAAAACACAAGCCUACUACAUCUGUUCAUUAUAAUCAGAAGGAUCUUACUCUAUUUGAGUCAGAGGAAUACAGUAAGGCAGGCAGGGUCAGACUGGGGGGAGCCAGUCUGGGCCAGCGAGGCCCAUGAGAGCCGAGGCCUACCGGGUUUUUUCCCGGUGUCCCAACGGCCCAGUCCCAGGGAUACCCAACAUAUUUGUACCCAUGAGCCACAUUCAAAUCCAAAGAGAGUUA